AUGUCGAGGUACGACUCUAGGACUACCACUUUCUCACCAGAAGGUCGUAUGUACCAAGUGGAAUACGCCCUUGAAGCUAUCAAUAAUGCAUCACUAACAAUUGGUAUUCUGUCUAAGGAAGGCGUUGUUUUAGUGGCUGAUAAACCAGUAAGUUCUACCUUGCUGGGAGACUCAUAUUCAUUGGAGAAGCUGUACAAAAUUGAUGAUCACAUUUUUUGUGCCAUAGCCGGAUUGACAGCUGAUGCAGAUACUCUGAUUAAUCUGUGUAGAUUAUACGCCCAGCGUCACGUUUACACAUUUGGAGAACCACAAUAUCUCGAAGAACACGUAUCCCAAAUAUGCGAUCAUAAGCAAAGUUAUACGCAAUACGGAGGGCUUAGACCUUUUGGUGUAAGUUUCCUAUUUGCCGGCUGGGAUAAACGCUGUGGAUUUCAACUCUUCCAUACUGAUCCUUCGGGCAAUUUUGCUGGCUGGAACGCGAUGGCUGUGGGAAUGAAUGGACAAUCCGCCCAGUCUAUGCUCAAAGAGAAAUGGAAUGAGAAACUGACGCUCAAUGAAGCAUUGGAAUUGUCUUUGCAUGUGUUAGUCAAGGCCAUUGAUCUGUCAAAGCCCAAAGCAGAUAAAAUUGAAUUGGGUACAAUUACAUACAAUAGCACAAUUAAUAAGACUGAAAUUAAAUUCAUGUCAACCGAGGAGAUAUCUGUUAUCCUUGAGAAUAGUUUGAAGAAAUACCAAGAUAACAGUUCAGAUGUACACAAUUAA